UUGUUUUACAGUGUCCUAUUUUCAAGUUUCUCUCUCUAAAGUCCACAGCUAAGGUAGACCUUUCUCCUUCUCUCUUCUUUUCAACCUUCGGCCCCUUUUUAUUGCUGUUGUCCAUUUUUCUCUAAGUUUACGGUGCUACCUUACAAGAGUUUCUCUCUCUAAAAUUCCGAUUUAUGCGAGGAAAGACCCUAUUUACCCACAAAUGAUUUGUGGGUUCAGACGAGACCUUCGGGAUCCAAAGGGUUAUAUUUGUCCAAGCCCCGCAUAAUUUGGUCUCCUCAUAGAUCUCUGCCAUCUCUCUCUCUCGCCCCCACGUUUCUUUCCCUUCCGAACCAGCUUCACAGAAUUUAUUAUUCGAACACAUCGGGAGGUGCAUAAGACAAUCAACUUGAAGUGUACUGGUGCUUUUCUUUUCUAAGACAAUGAAAAAGGUGUUCGAUCAAACUGUUAGGGACCUCAAGAGAGAGGUCAACAAAAAGGUUUUAAAAGUGCCUGGAAUAGAGCAAAAGGUUCUUGAUGCCACUAGCAAUGAGGCUUGGGGACCCCAUGGUUCUCAUUUGGCAGAUAUUGCACAGGCAACUAGAAACUUUAACGAAUAUCAGAUGAUCAUGUCUGUUUUAUGGAAGAGGAUAAAUGACACAGGCAAGAACUGGCGGCAUGUCUACAAGGCAUUGACUGUGCUAGAGUAUCUAGUGGCGCAUGGAUCAGAACGUGUCAUAGAUGAAAUCCGAGAACAUGCAUAUCAGAUUUCGACAUUGUCAGAUUUCCAGUACAUUGAUUCUGGUGGGCGGGACCAGGGGAGCAAUGUCAGAAAGAAAUCCCAGAGUCUUGUUGUACUUGUAAAUGAUAAGGAAAGAAUACAAGAAGUCAGACAGAAAGCUUUUUCUAACAGGGACAAAUUUAGAGGUGCAGCAUCAACUGGUGGAAUGUAUCGGCCAAGUUCCUACUCAAGUACAGGAGGGGGAUACAAUGACCGUUAUGAUGAUGACCGUUAUGAGGGGCGUCAUGGAAGCAGAGAUGAAGAUCGCAAUGGUAGUGUUAGAGAGAGAGAGUCGGGUUACAAGGAUGAUGACCGCUCAUAUGGUCGAGAUGGGGAUCGCUACAAUAAGGAUGGCGACGAUCGUUAUAGUAGAGAUGGGUAUAGAGAUGAUGACUAUAGAGGGAGUCGGGGUAAUGAUGGUUUUCAAUUUAGGUCAAGGAGUCGCAGUUCUGACAGAGAGAGAGAUCGUCCUUAUGAAGAUGAUGACCGCUAUUCUACGAGAAGUGGAGGAAGAGUUGAUGAGUAUUCUCAGGAUGAAAGACGUCUGGAGCGAAAACUUUCUGAGCCACCACUUGGUGGUGCCCCUCCCAGUUAUGAAGAAGCACUUAGUGAGGCUCAGGGCCGAAGUCAAAGCGAAAGGGAUGGAGGAACUCAACCCCCAACUGCACCCAAAGCUGCAUCUCCUCCACAAGCAAGUGCUAAUCAAACUCCAGCGCCUGCUGUGGCCGCAGCUGCAGCUGCUACUGUUCCUGCACCUGUGAGCAAGGAAGUUGAUUCCUUUGAUGAAUUUGAUCCUCGAGGCUCUGCGGCAGCUGCUGCUACUGCCCCUGUUGCCACAAAUGCGGAGAUGGAUUUCUUCGGCAUCUCAGACUUGGCUCUCGUGCCUGUGGCCCCUUCUUCAAAUACAGGUGGUGAUGCAUUUGGUGAUCAAAGUUUUGGGUCAGUCUUUGUGGCAGCAUCAUCAGCUUCCCCUUCGUUGAGUCAGCCAAUUGAGAAUCCAUUUGGAGAGAUACCAUUCAAGGCCAUGCCUUCUGAGGCACCAUUUGGGGCUCCUCAACCUUCUCAGACACCAUUUGGGGCUCCUCAACCUCAGCCUUUCUCAACCUCAUCGUCUUUCUCUUCUACCUUUCUGGAAACCAACAAUUCUUUCUCUCCACCUGCCCCUACCCCUGCCCCUGCCCCUGCCCCUUCCCCUACCCCCACACAGAUGCCUCAACCCAACAAUUCUUUCCCCCAAUCUUCCCCUCUUCCUCAGAUGCCCCAACCUAAUUCUUUUGCUCCAACUUCUCCCCUUACACAAAUGCCUCAAUCCAACAAUUCUUUUCCCCAAACUGUCUAUGCCCCUCCCCAAGUGCCCCAACCCAACAGCUCUUUUCCCCAAACGGUCCCUGCCCCUGCGCCUGACACAAUCCCUGAUUUUGGCCUUGGUAGCUCUUUCCAAGGCUUGGUUUACAAUCCUACCCCUGCUACAUCAGUUCAAAUUAGCCCUCCUAAUCCUGAGCCUCCAGCCUUGACAUCUCAACCGAGUGGGGACAUACUAGGAAGCAUCUUGCCGGCUACCCCUUCAGUCUCACAGGCCCCUGCUGCCAAGCAGCAGAGGGAUAAGUUUGAGCCGAAGUCCACAGUGUGGGCUGACACACUGAAUCGGGGCCUCGUCAACCUCAACAUAUCUGGGCCAAAGAUCAACCCAUUGGCAGAUAUUGGCAUCGACUUUGAUUCUAUUAACAGGAAGGAGAAGAGGAGAGAGGACAAGGAGAAGGGAUCAGCACAAGUUUCCACUGUCACCAAGGGCAAGGCAAUGGGUUCAGGUUCGGGCAUUGGCCGAGCCGGUGCAUCCGGUAUGGCUCCCCCUCCAAACCCCAUGAUGGGGCAAGGCAUGGGCAUGGGCAUGGGCAUGGGCAUGGGUGGUAUGGGCAUGGGCAUGGGAGGCAUGGCUAUGGGUGGCAUGGGAAUGGGUAUGGGGGGCUAUGGUGCAGGCAUGAACCAAGCUCCUUCUAUGGGUAUGGGUAUGGGUAUGGGCAUGGGCAUGGGCAUGGGUGUGGGGAUGGGCAUGCGGCCGCCCAUGGGCAUGCCACCUAGUGCUCCAGGCAUGCAAGGUGGAUAUAAUCCUAUGACGGGUAUGGGUGGUUUUGGCACACAACCAUACGGGGGCUACCGAUAGGAUUACGUUCUCUAUAUUAAUCGAAAAAUAGGAAGAGAGAAGAGGGGGAAGAGAGAGAGAGUGCAUAGCGUGUAUUCAUGGUCUCGUGGAUGAUGGGUUAGUUGUGCUGGUUAUGCACAGAUUGUGCAGGUGAGGAAGAAAGGGCACAUGCCUUGUUGCCCACCACCUUUUUUUUCCUUUUCUUUUUCCAUGGUAUGAGGUGUAUAAUUUCUUCUUCUUUUGUAAGUUUUUUUAUUUUUUAUUUUUUUUCUUUACUUUUUGUUAAUGUUGGGUGCAUGUGAAGAUGGUUUUUGGUUGCAAUAUAGUAUUUGUAGACAACAGGGGGGUGAAGGAUUUGAUGCUUGUGCUGUUGAUGAGAAUUGUUUGCUCUGCAAAAUAAUACAAUUAUUCAUACGUGGACCCUUCAUAUGUUUAAGGCAGCAAAACCUCCAUUGUAUUUAUGUUCGUCUUUUAUACUAGUCUUUAGGCUGAAAUAUUGUGGGAAUCUUACCACCUCUCUUUCUGUUAUAUUCCACUCGAAGGAGGGCUCUUUAUCGCUC